AUGUCUAAAGAAUAUAGGGCUUGUCUUCAAAUGCUUUCAAUGAUGUAUGAUUCAUCCGACGUCGAUGAAACUGGAGACUUGCCUUUAAGCUCCGAUGGCGUCACCGGAGGGUGCAGCGAACCGGUUGAGAAACGGCUCAUUGAAACCGAUGUAAAUUCAGAUGAGUCUAUUAGCCCCGAAAUCGAUCAAAGUGCAGCGAACCGGCUCACUGAAACCGAUGUAAAUUCAGAUGAGUCGAUUAGCCCCGAAAUCGAUGGAAUCGCCGAGGGCAUCAUCGGAAGGCGCAGCGAACCCUUCGAGAAGCAGCUCACUGCAACCGACGUGAAUUCGAAGCAAUGCAGGCUUUCCAUCCCUAAAGAUUACGUAGUGGCCGCCGUGUCGCCGUUAUUGAAGGAAGACGAGGAUAUAAGGCGCCGGAUUCCGGUGAAAGUUUACGAUGGCGAGUGGAAAGAGUAUUCGAUGACGUUGAAGCAUUGGUCAAACAAAAUCCAUGUCCUCAAGGAAGGCUGGAUGGAAUUCUGCACGGAUCAUGGUUUUCUCGCGCACCGAGACUUCGUUACGUUGCUGGUGUUUAGGCACCGUCGGAGCGACGGUCUUUGCUUUCAGAUCACUUGGAGAAGAACGGAUAUUGUUGAACCGGUGAAGAAGAGGAGAAAUCUCAAUGCCUGA